AAAUAUGUAAGAGGGGAAGAGCAGCAAACUGUAUGUUAUUCUCACUUAACCUCUAUCACAUCCCGCGCACCUGAAAUACCGAGCAUAAACCAUGUCUUUCACUCCAAAGUCAUACAGUAAACCCCAAACAGUUACAACUUCAAGCACUAGAUCCACCAAAACAGUGGAUGACGGCAAAAAGAAAUCCCUGCUGAAGGACAAUAGCUGGAUUAAGUCAAAUGUGAACGAGGAAGAACAAGUCGAACGUGAUGCAAACUUCGGCAAAAGUGUUCUGGGUCAUUAUAAGUCCAACGAAAACCUUGUCAACCCUCAAGAUAAAACUAGCAAAACCGAGAGCAAAACCAGCACUGUCACCACUUCAUCAGGUGCCUCUGUCCAAGCGCUCACUAAAAGAUUUGGUGGUAGCCAGGACAAACUGAAUGAAACCAGAACCACAGGAACUAAAACAACAGUGAAAACUGAGCCGAGGAAAAGCUCUACUUCUACAACAACAAUCAAGGAUGGUACAAAGAUAACCGAGACAACUGUGACCACUACCAAGCAGGAUGUGGUGAAGUCUAAAACACUCACCAAUAUAGACCUGGCAGAUUUAAACACCAAGAGUUCUGGUGGUUACAAGACUGAGGUUAUUACUGUCAAGUCAUCAAAGGACACUGUUGAUGGACCAACCUCACCUGUCAAGACCACCACAAGCAUCAAAACCUACACCAAAGAGGAUGUUUCACCAACUAAAACAACAUCAUAUUCUGUCCGAUCCACAAAGAGCACUGAGGAUCAGCUGUUUGAUACUCUCAUACCAACAUCGAUCAAAUCAGCCAACACUAAACCGGACCGCAGUGACUACAAGACUGAAGUGGUUACUGUGAAGACAUCAAAGGACAUCAGUGAUGUACCAACUUCACCUGUCAAGACCACUACAAGCAUCAAGACCUACACCAAGGAGGAUGUUUCACCACCUAAAACAACAUCCUACAGCACAAAGAGUGACUACAAGACUGAAGUGGUUAUGGUGAAGUCUUCAAAGGACAUCAGUGAUGUACCAACUUCACCUGUCAAGACCACCACAAGCAUCAAAACCUACACCAAAGAGGAUGUUUCACCAACUAAAACAACAUCAUAUUCUGUCCGAUCCACAAAGAGCACUGAGGAUCAACUGUUCGAUACUCUCAUACCUGCGUCAAUCAAGUCAGCCAACACAAAACCUGACAGCAGUCACGAGGAUGUAUCGGUCUCCAAAUCCAUCAGAACCGUGUAUUCAACAAAUGAGAGAGAUGAGUGGAGUACAGUCACAAGCCCUUCUUACACCAGGACAUCAUACACAGAGAGCAGGCCUGCUGAUUACCUGUCUGACUCGCUCACAUCAAAAACCACCACGACUGCGUACACAUCACCGGAAAGGGUAGUAAGUGGGAAGGACAUCUGCACGGUCUGCCAUAAAAACAUGUACACCGAUGAAAAGAUUGUCUUGGAUGACAUGAAUAUCAACUGUCACGCAAGUUGUUUCAAGUGUGGGGUGUGUAAUGUUUCUCUGGGACACCUGAAGGCAGGGGACAGUUUGUGGGUGUACCGCCGUGCCAUUCACUGUGAAAGCUGCUUUGGUGUCACUAAGGGCAAAUGGCUCCGCUGAAACCACACUUGGCAAUAGUGAUGCUAUGAGAGAGACGGCAGAUAUACUUGCCUAUUCCAAAACUUUCCCAUGGCUUUGAUUUGGACUCGGGCCAUUUGAAGUACAUAAACAGUUUAUGGUGGUGGACUUCUGUCUGAUAAUAGACUUUGGGGUUUAUUAAUUGCAUUGAUUGCCAUUCUCCCCGAUGAUGCGACAAGGAUCUUAUUUAAUUACCAAAAUAAUAAGAAUAUUUUUAAAGAAGAAUAUUUUUCCUAAUACAUGAUAAUAAAUGUUUUUUGAGUUGCUUCAUUUUUUUCUUCACUAUUGUUGUAUGAUUAAAGCAUGCAUGUAUAUGAUGAGAUUUUCAUUGUUCAGAUCUGGUUAAACAUCAUUCCAGAGAUGAGUUAUGCAGUACCUUUCACCUCUGUAGCUAUAAAUUGAAUAUGCUUGUGUUGUAAGUAUUUCUAAAGAAUUGCAGUCUUUCAGAAAUAUGCUGUGAUCAAGAUCAGACACUUCGACUCGUGUCUUAUGACAGGAUUCAUAAGAGGAUGCAAAUAAAGAGCUAAAGUUAGCUGUU